CUAGUGCUUUGCAGUCUAGACCUAUGCGUUUGGCCAAGCAACUCCUCCUACGUUCAGAACUGCUUGAGCAGUUUUGCACAGAUCCUGGCCAUGGCACCUUUGCACGUAGGUCACUGCCAAGUACCUGUCAUGCAGAAGCAAACUACAACGGAGGCGUGGAUAAAGCAUAAACGUGUGCUUGAGGACUCCCUGAAAAAGUCACGCAUGGACGUGACACAACACGUCGCGCUGUCGUUCGACAAGAGUGGAAGUCAUGCCAACGAUCGCAGAAGCGUCCUUCAUCAGUGUCUCUUUGUCACUGCCUUGGACCAUGAGCAGAAUGCUUGGAGCUCUUGUGCAGCAGCCACCAAGGGUGUCAUUGGACCAUGCCCUCUUAUGCGCGUCUCAGACAUGGUUGGGUUUGAUCCUGAUAAUCGAUUCGGAGCAGCCAGCAGAACGGAACAGAAAGGGAUCCCUGCUCACAGUGAGAUCAUCUCUUCCUACCUUCGAGGGAUUGAAUGCCAAGAUGGAGACAUUGUGAUUUUCGUGGACUGCUUGCCGAAUCGGUACUGUGAAUUUGGACAAGCGAUUUUGGCACGACACCUUGACGAGUCCAAUCGGCGGCCACCGCUCUACUACCUGGGUUUCCUCCGUGAAGAGCAGAGGGACACCGCCACAAUGAUUGAGGACAAAGUCUACAAGUACUGGGACUCGUCAGACAUGGCCCCUGGGAAGCAGCGCCCUUCUGAAUCGAUUGCAGAGCCGACGCUUGAGCUCUUGAGUUGGGUAAACAGUGCCCCGCGCUUUCCUGACUCUCUUCUCACGAAGUUUGGUGAGGGAACGGGCCCUCACAGUGAGAUCCACGCCAUGAAGAAGGAGCUUUUGCAAGAGUUCCCUCAAGCAGGAGGCGGAGACAAUAGGCCAACGUCAACUCGGCCUCAGACGGUGCGGGCCUCGGGUCGUCCCGACUAUUCCAUUGACGGCGGCGGGCGCCCUCUGGACACAUCCCGUGUGAUCCAAGCCGCGCACACAGCUGCAAGCGCUUUCGGGGUUGAGAGGAAGUGGUACUGCCCUGCUGCUCGGGGCAAGCCAGCUGUGGUGAUCGACUCCAACUUUGCGAUUCACCUUGGCAACGAGACGGACCAAGAGAUGUCCCUCACUGCGAUGGAAAUUUGCGGUUUCAACACUGGAACAUUUGAGCAAAAGAUUAUUGCAGGUCUGGGCGAAGCAGAACUUGAUGGCGUGUGCUUUCGAUUUUCCUCCGACCUUUGCUUGGUGUCCUACGAGAGGAAGCUCUAUGCAAUUGCAGACUUUUUGCACCACUGCAUGACAGUGCACGGAGUGGCGGAGAUUGAUUUUUCCAACCACCAGCUGAUUCAGAAGACCUAUCCCUUGGAGGAGGACUCAGCGGAAGCCGUUCCAGUACCGUACAGGUAUGGCAUGAGUCCUGCACGGAACGGUAUGUGCAAUGUCUUCAAGCCGAACAUGUUAAGCUCAAAUGACACUGUCAGGCAUGCAAUGAUUGGAGCCGGAUUCUGUGGACACAUGGACAAGCUGCCCCGUGGUGCUGAGUCUGCGCUUCAAGUGGUUUGGGAAGUGGACUUGCAAACAGGCUCAGGCAGCCCCAGAGUGGUUGGCCCUCAAGCCGAAGAUCUAUUUGACGGGUUCAGUCACUCUCCCUCCCAACACGUGGACCAAGAUGUGACAUUUUCGUAG